CCUCUUUCUUCUUCUUCCUCCUCCUCCUCUCUUCUGCUCUGCUUUCUCAUUUCAUAUUCCAUCACACUCAUUCUCCCCUAAAUAUUCAAACUUUAAACCCAUUUCUUUAAUUUAGUGGUGGGUUUCCUUUAACAAACAUAUAUACAUACACACACCAAGCCUCAUCAUACCCCAUAAACAGAGCUCAUAACCCACCUACUUUUCUCUUCCCCUUUUCCUCUCUUGUCCAAAAAGUCGACACCCCAUUACCCCAAGAGCUUUAUUCACAACUUGCUCGGAGCUCCAAUUUCCAAUCCCACACUUUUCCUUCUUGGUAAAGGUGACAUUGAUACUCAUCUGAUAUUGAAUCACCCUUCUGAUGUUUUAUUUCCAAUCACUGGAUCCAAAAUCUGUAAAUAACUUUUCAUCCAGCCCUCCCUUCUUGUAUUCCAUCCCUUGCCUUAAUUGCCUCAGAUUUCGCCUCAAAAUUUGACACUCCCUGCUCCCCUAGUGCUGUGAAUUCAACAAAUUUUCGGUAUUAUUGGUCUGUUUAUAAUGGCGGGAUAUAGGCCUGUUACGAUUGAGGACUUGCCGACACAUUUGGUUUUGGAAAUCUUGUGCUCCGGGAGGCUUAGUGCUGUUGAUCUUUUGCAUUUAGAGACGACUUCUAGGACGUUUGGUGGAAGUCAGGGGUUGUAUCCUCAUAAGUUUCGGUCAUUGGUAGAUUACACAGCGUUUCAGCUGUGUGUGUCGCAUUCUGUAUAUGCUAAGAUGGAGAAGAAUGCUCAGACAGUGCUGUUUGAUCGGUGUGGUGGGAAUUGGAAGCGGAUUUUGAGGUUCUUGCAAUCUGUGGAACAAUCAUCUGACAUGGUGGAGACUUCAGCAGGCAAUAUGCAUAUUACCACUGGAAGGUAUCACACUUUGCUUAUAAGCAAUUCAUCAGUCUACUCGUGUGGUUCCAGCUUGUGUGGUGUUCUUGGCCAAGGUGCCAAGACUAAACUAUGUGUGACAUUUACCCGGAUUAGUUUUCCAUCUCGAGCACAUGUUGUCCAAGUCUCAGCCUCCCAGAACCAUGCUGCUUUUGUUAUGCAUUCCGGAGAGGUUUUCACAUGUGGGGACAAUUCGUCAUCUUGUUGUGGGCAUAAAGAUACAAACCGGCCAAUAUUUAGGCCUAGGCUCGUAGAGGCAAUGAAGGGAAUACCUUGCAAGCAGGUAGUUGCAGGGCUUAAUUUUACAGCUUUCCUUACAAGGCAAGGCCAUGUUUAUACAUGUGGAUCCAAUACACAUGGACAACUUGGACAUGGAGACAUUACAGAUAGGCCAACUCCCAAACUUAUUGAAUUUCUCAAGCAAAUUGGCUCCAUAGUACAGAUUGCUGCUGGUCCGAGCUACGUCCUAGCUGUAACUGACAAUGGAGUAGUAUACUCUUUUGGGACAGGUUCUAAUUUCUGUCUCGGCCAUGGAGAGCAACAUCAUGAGUUCCAACCUCGUGCAAUCCAAUCAUUUAGAAGGAAGGGUAUUCAUGUAGUUCGAGUCUCUGCUGGUGACGAGCAUGCAGUGGCACUUGAUUCCAGUGGAUUUGUAUAUACCUGGGGUAAAGGGUACUGUGGUGCAUUAGGCCAUGGGGAUGAGAUUGACAAGACCACCCCGGAACUCUUGAGCAGAGUUCAAAGCCAGCUUGCCGUGCAGGUGUGUGCAAGAAAACGGAAGACCUUUGUUCUGAUGGAUGAUGGUUUAGUAUAUGGUUGUGGUUGGAUGGGGUUUGGUAGCCUUGGGUUUACAGACAGGGGACUAUCUGACAAAAUCUUGAGCCCUCGAAUCCUUGAUAGCUUAAGACCUCAUCAUGUUUCCCAGAUUAGCACUGGCCUCUACCAUACUGUUGCUAUCACUAACUCUGGACAACUCUUUGGAUUUGGAGAUAAUGAAAGAGCACAACUUGGGCACGAUACACUGAGAGCAUGCCUCAAACCAACUGAAAUUUUUAUAGAAGAAAUGACUGAUGAGGUUGAUCUUAAUUCCGAAACCCUCUGACAUCAGGAAGAUGGCAUCUGUUUUAUGGAAUAGUAUGAUUUUCUUUCCAAAGAGAACACCAUUAGAUUUUCCACCAGCAUAUUAAGAAAUCGUCAACAAACUUUCGUAAGAGUUUGUCUACAAACUUGCUCUAAAGAUUGUCAACAAACUUGUAACUGUGUAAGUAGGUAAAUAGUUUCUGUAUCAGUAGUGUGCUAUGUGUGUAACACGAUAGUGGUUUUUGUUUUCGAUAUUUUGUGUAUUUUGUUUUGGGAACUAGAUUCCUUAAGAGUGUUGCGGCUUCAUGGACCAUUGAGUUUGAUCUGUAAGCUGCAUAGUGCGACCAAUAAUGCUUCCUUCAGUUGCCUUCAACUUUGCAUCUGUAAGUUUCUGGACUUGAAGUCUUUAACAACUCAUUCCAGGGUUGACUAGUUAUAAAAUGAUUGAGCUUUCUUUUU